AUGCGGGCUCUUCGUGAUUUGGUGCUGUUCCUGGUCUUUGCAUUCACUGCUCUGGCUGCAAGCACAACAGGCACGACCAGUGAUGCUUCAAAGCUACCAAAGUCGAUCACCCUCUCAUACGAAGUAAUUGGCUCGUCCUCCGUCAAGCCGCUGGCCACUGUCUUCUACGACCCGAAAUCCAAGAAACAUUCAUUGUCAUCGUGGACUCCUCCAACUCUGGACUCUCUGAAAUCAACCACUCCCGAACCGACAUCCGCGAUACUUCUCCGCAUACUGCUCCCAAAUGGCAGCUCUACAGUCACUUCUCUGACCACGUUCAGUGAGGACCUUCACCAGAAAAUUGACCUCUGGAUCUCUCCAAGUGACGGGUCUGUGUUCUCCGCGUCGAUCUCAAGCCUUUCACCACCCCCACUAUCACAAGAAGAGGAGCGGUACAGAAAGAAGGUGGAAAGAGCAAAGGCAAAGGGAAAGCCCAUACCUGCCCGACCUCCAGUACCAAAUACAAAGAAAGCAAGGGAAGAAGCUGCAAGACAAUUGGCUCUGUACGAGCCUAUCAAGGUCAACCUGAUAACUUCUGUUCCUGGCCCAGUUCCAUCGCUUGCUAGUCGAGCUCCACCUCAAGUCGAUGCCGAAGGACGAGAAAUUGUCCAGGAAGAACAACCGGAGAAGAGCUUCUUCCAGAAGUACUGGUGGGUGUUAUUGAUUGCUGUAAUGCUUACCAUGUCUGGAGGUGGUGGUGAGAAAUAA